CCCCCGGAAACUCGCGCCCCGGCUGGAAGGUUCCGCUUCCGGAAGUGGCGCGCGGGCGGGUGACGGGGGCGGCCCCGCAGGAGCGGAAGGACCUGAGGCCGAGGCAGGCGGAGGCGGCGAGCGAGGAUGAACAACAAAUUUGACGCUUUGAAAGAUGACGACAGUGGGGACCAUGACCAGAACGAAGAGAACAGCACACAGAAAGACGGUGAGAAGGAAAAGAACGACCGAGACAAGCCCCAGGGCAGCACCAAGAGGAAGGCUGUUGUCCCAGGGCCGGCCGAGCACCCACUGCAGUAUAAUUAUACUUUCUGGUACUCCAGACGAACGCCCGGGAGGCCCACCAGCUCGCAGAGCUACGAGCAGAACAUCAAACAGAUUGGCACCUUUGCCUCCGUGGAGCAGUUCUGGAGGUUUUACAGCCACAUGGUACGUCCUGGGGACCUGACAGGCCACAGCGACUUCCAUCUCUUCAAAGAGGGAAUCAAGCCCAUGUGGGAGGACGAUGCCAACAAAAAUGGUGGAAAAUGGAUUAUCCGUCUGAGGAAGGGCUUAGCAUCACGAUGCUGGGAGAAUCUCAUUCUGGCCAUGCUGGGAGAACAAUUUAUGGUGGGGGAAGAGAUCUGCGGGGCAGUCGUCUCUGUCCGGUUCCAGGAGGACAUUAUCUCAAUAUGGAACAAGACGGCCAGCGACCAGGCAACCACAGCCCGGAUACGUGACACGCUGCGGCGAGUGCUUAAUCUACCUCCCAACACCAUCAUGGAAUACAAGACACACACCGACAGCAUCAAGGCCUGGGAGGAGUUUCAUGGCCUGGUGAACAGCAGUGGCCGCUGAUUGAAGGCUCCCCUUCUCUCUGUCACACCCAGGGGAUAAUUCAAGCUUUCGAAAUACAAAAAUCACAUUGUGAGAACAGCAAGGUUGGCACUGGACUCCUCACCACCUUGGAAACCAAGGAGAGGUCUCAUCCAUGCCCUCCGGUCUCUGAAGGGACUUGCAGCCUGGAUUGACCAGGUCCCUCUUCGCUCUCCUCUCUGGGGAAGGAUCCCACUCAACGCCCUGAGCAUCGGUGACUGACACCAGGCUGACCUUGUCACACAAACUCUCUUUGGUGCGGGGGCGGGAGGCCAACCUUUCCCUUAGCAGCGUGCCACCAAGGCGCCUCCUUCAGCACUUUCUUCUUCCUCUCUGUACACUGCACCUAGGAUGUUGCAAUCUCACACUCAUGCCAGAGCCUUCUGCUGUGGGAUACCAGUAUUAAGAACAUCUCUGCAGCUGGGAGAAGUGUCCUAGUUGAGAGCCAGCCUGUUGGUUUGCAAGUGCCCCCUUCCAGCUCUGCCAAUAAAUUAUUGGGUCUCUUUGUU